CGUGACGCGACGAUGACAUCACGAACGAUUCCGUCGGUCGCGCUCUCGAGCUCCAGAUAGAGCAGAAGAAGCGAGCGAGUCGCGUCAGGCAGAGGACUCGGCAGCAUACCUGAGCACACUCCGGGCUUUACUAGCAGUUGGAGCGGCCGUGAGACCGAGACCGCGCUCCGACGAGCCUCGACGCACCGCCCCCGCUUCGCUUCGCAAAGUGAAAGAGAUUUUUAUGCUAAAGUUUCCAGGAUUGCUUUAACCUCCCGCGGACGAGAGCGGAAUGAGCGACUUUACGAUGAUAAACUGUUGCCUGAUUCUCUGCGCGUGUCUUCUGUCCAGCCAAGCGGUCUGGAGUCAGCGCGUUCGCGUGGAACCUGAGGUCACUGCGUAUCCAAAUGGAUCUGUCAAUCUGCGCUGCGAGUUCACCAACAGCGGAAGCACCAAACUCACACAGGUUUCGUGGAUGUUUGAGCGUGUGGAGGGUGACAGGCACAACAUUGCUGUGUUCCACCCUCUAUAUGGAGCCAGCUUCCCAAAUAAAGAUUUUGAAGGCCGAGUAUCGUUCACUCAGGGCUCCCUGGAGAACCCUUCCAUUAAGAUCGACAAACUGAGGAUGGCUGAUGCUGGCAGGUACAUCUGCGAGUACGCCACUUACCCCAGUGGAAACGAGCAGGGGACUACCACUCUUAUCAUGCUGGCCAAACCCAGGAACUCUGCUAUUGCUAUCCCGGUGCAAGCUGGCUCUUCUGAGGUGGUCGUGGCCAGGUGUGAAGCAGCCCAAGGGAAACCCGAAGCAACAAUCUCCUGGAUCACAACCAUCGCCGGCCGCUAUAACCACACCUCGGUGCCCGAGAGAGACGGGACGGUGACCGUGAAGAGCGAGUAUCGGAUGAUCCCCACAGCUGCUGAAAACGGAAAAGAAAUCACCUGCUUGGUGAACCAGAGGACGCAGACCGAACCCAGACCCUUCCCGCUGAAGCUGGUGGUGGAGUAUCCACCCACUGUGACAAUAGAAGGCUAUGACAAUAACUGGUAUAUGGGUCGGACCGAUGCCGUUUUGACCUGCCAAGCUGACGCCAAUCCUCCACCCACUGUUGUUACCUGGACGGCCUCGUCGGGUCAGUUACCGCCUUCGGUGCGAGUGGAUCAGAACCGGCUGCUGGUGAGGAAGGUGGACGAAGCGGUGAACACCACUUUCGUAUGCGAGGUGAAGAACAGUCUGGGCUCUGGCAAGAAAGAGCUGGCCGCCACGGUCAUCGAUCAACCUUUACCCCCAGCAUCCAGCAGCGUGGGUCCAGUCAUCGGGGGGAUCAUUGCAGCCGUAAUCAUCUUGUGUUUGAUCGGCGCCGGCGUGGUCAUGUACCACAAACGCCGGCAGAGCAUGGAGAACGGAGAAGGCCCCCCCAAACACAAGCCGCCUCCUCCGAUGAAGUCUGGCAGCUCGACAGAAAUGCUGAAUAAACCACAGGACAAGACCACAACCAUCACUGAAACUCAGCCGCUCAGCAACUACGAGACAAGCUACUACGAAACCAACUCUGCAGAGCCUGUUACAGAUCUAGACGAUGACAACAGCGGCCCUCCGGCGAACAGCGGCACCCCGACUGUCUGGGACGGCUCGGGACACCCUCCCGAAAAGGACGACGCCGCCGACGAGACCCUUCCGCCGUACAAACCAGCUGACCAGAACGACGUCGAUGCUAGCUAUGCUAAUGUAGCCCGCGACGAGAGUUUCGUGUCCUCGGCCAUGCUGGUCUAAAGACGUAGGCUGUGCCUGCGGUUUGCACUGCCACCGUCCUGCCCAGCCGCGGACGCCCGUUACAGCACGGCUCGGGCACAUCCAAAAUCACACAGCCUGGUGACAUUUCUUUCACACGUGGCUAACUGACCUUUUAACCUAUUCUCAUGGUUUUGCGGAUGGUGCAUGUAACAUUUAUACCUUUGGACCAUAUCGGAUUUUGGACAUUUGAUAAUGAAGAGCUUCUUAGUACUUUAAUCGAGCAAACUUUGAUCGGCAAUUAAUAACGGCUAAACAAAACCAUGAGAAUUGGUCGUUAUUCACUUUUGGUAUAUUUUAAUCCUGUUUAUGUUGAAAAACAUGCACAGCAAACACAGCGAGAAAACGUUUAAUUUUCCUGAAAGGUCUGAAUAUGAAAAAUUGCUUUGAGUAUUUUAAAAUACACUGCAUAUACUGUCAAACGUCGCUUAUGUUUUAUGAUCCGUAUCUUUUUGUUUCGCGAUCUCGGUGUAGUGCUCUUUUAAGCUCCAGCUUUCGUCGGUUUCGUGCGUUAACUUCUGUGAUGAGGGGACGAAGUCUUGUGGUAUAUGCAAUGUAUUUUACAUACAGCAAAAAUGUAUUUUUAUAUUUUAUAUUUGAUGUCAUUUCGAUCGAUUACGUCACCUAAAAAACAGAUGUACGCAUUAUUUUCUUAUUUUUGUUUCUUCGGUUGUUCGGCGUGUUCAUCGUUUUUGAAAAGUACCAAAUAGGUUCUGUACAUAAUAUGAGUUGAUAAUAUAUAUAUAGUCAGUCUAACACGCGUUCAAAAAAAUAUAUAAAAACAAAACAACAACAAACAAAAAAAAAAAAAAAAAACGAAAAAUGCAAAGAAAUCCAAAAAUACCAGUGGGGUGCAAAAGGAAAAAGUGUACACUUUCUGAAACUUUCUUUUAACGGGUAUUACUAAAGUCGUAUGCUGAUGUUUUACUUAUUGAUACGUGUGGAUUUUUGUUACUGUAUAAUCUGCAUGGCAUGAUUGGUUGCUUUCCUAAAAACAGUGGGCACCUGUCACAACCUUUCCUCGCUCCCCUGUUUUCUGGCCAUGAAAAGCACAAUAUGCAUAUAGAGACGUUGAAGGAGACGAGGUUUGGCAAGAGUUUAAUUUUCCGCCUUCUGAUGAUAAACGUUAAUGUUAAAGACCUUGUGAAACGAGUUGACGAGCACACUUUUCUUCUGUAUUGACGUUUCCUAUUGAUGCUUCAUUUUAGAAGGACAAAAACAUAAAAGAUCAAGUCCGUUUUAAAACAGUCGUUGGGCUUACAUCACAUGAAUUGUUACUAGUCAAGGCUGACUGCAUUGUGGGCGGGACAUUGUCAUCAAAAAACGUUUUUAAAAACGUGCAGUAAAACGGUAAUAGUGAAAUGUAAUUACAAUUUACAUUUUCUUUUCCUAUUUUAAUAUAUAUUAGCGUGUGGUUUAUUUCUGUGACGCAAAUCUGAAUUUUCAACAUCAGUUCUUUAGCGUCACGUGGUCCUUUAGAAAUCAUUAUAAUAUGCUGAAAAAACUAUUUGCUGCUUAAUACUGUUCCAUAUAAAAAUGUCGUAAUAAAAUACCAUUUCAAACAUUUAUAAUGUUGCAAAAAACUAUGCAUUUCAAACAAAUGUUAUUCAGUAAACUUUCUGUUUAACAUCUAUGAUUGUGUCCACAAAACUAUUAGGCAGCAAAAACCUUUUCCAACACUGAUAAUAAUAUCUUUAAUUAAUAAUAAAUAAUAAUUAAGCAGCAAAUCAGCAUAUUAGAAUGAUUUCUGAAGGAUCAUGUGACACUUAAGACUGGAGGAACGGUUCAUAACGAUGAAAAUUCAGCUCGGCAUCACAUUUUUAAAUAUAUUACAACUGGACAGUUAUUUGUAAUACUUUUUCAUAGUAUUGCUAUUUUAACUGUAUUUUUUGAUUAAGAAAUUAAAUAAAUAAAUUGAGCCUUGCUGAACACAGGACGUUUCUGUUAAAACUUCUGGCCGCUAAUGUAUAUAUUAGUUUCAAAGUGAACCGGCAUGAAUUGAAAGCCAGAAAAAUCAGAUUUUGAUUUUAAGUGUUUUUUAAUAAUAUUCAAAUGCACUGUGUAUCACUGAUUUCUUCUUGGCCACAGCGUUUCAGUCGUGUUUGUCCGACCCAACAUUAUCAUUACUGCUGUCUUAUUCCUAGUUUUUCUCGAAAAGAAGUGUCAGCUUUGACUGUAAGACAAUGCACACCUCCUUCUUAAAGGAACAGUUCACCCAAAACCCACUGAUGUUGUUCCAAAUGAUUUAGUUUCUUAUGUGGAACGCAAUGAUGUUUUGGGAGGGCGAAAAAGUUUACUACUGACAGACUGAACUGUAAUUAAUAUUCACUGAAAGUCCUGCCUGUUUUGGUAAAGGUUUACUUUCACUGUACGGAAAAGAGCAGCUAUAAACGUGCUUUUGUGUUUUCCACGGACAAAGCAAGGCAUGUCACUUUUCGAAAGACACAAGAGUGAGUUUAUUUUUGGGCGAGCUAUUCCUUUAAAAGAAAAACGAGAAACAGAAGCAGUAUAUGAAAGAUCUUCUUUUUCUUUUUUUCACUGGCCUUUUCGCUGGUUCUUGGAUGGCAUGGCAACUAAUUCCAUUACUGUUCAUGUCUUUCACUCUUGAAUGUAAUCUUUGCACAUCCACUUAAAGCUGUCGAUAGAUCAUCGUGUCAUAGUGUCUGAAUACAUUGUUGUAAUUGUGCCAAAGAACUCAUAUCAAAACCGUAGUGAUGCAACGAACUAAAGACUCGCUAACAGGUUACCGAAGUGAUAAAUGGAACGGGCGGACGGCUUUUUUAAUGGUCACCUGGAGCGGAAGCCUGCACAUUCACAAAGCGCAUAAAAUGCAGGAUCUUUAGACGGGCGAAUGGAUGAAUAGGUGUGCAGGCCCCGUGACAAACACAGAGCGAUCGAUGGAUGGAUGGACGGUACAGUUCACCUAGAUGAAUUAACAAGCCCUCCUCGUUCUUGAUUAGCCAUCGAUCACAUUCGCCUCCUGAACUUCGGGCCUGUUGGACGUCGUAGAAAAUUACAGAUUCUCGCCAAACGUUUAUUCUCGACACGACGCGACGAUCUUUCACCCGUCGUCUCGGUUUAGCUGAGUUGUGGUCUCGUCACUGUUUCUGAUAAAGGGAAUGUACGUCUGCAUGCUGCAUGAGAUUUCGGCUACGCUUGCGUUAUUCUCACGCGCAAACAGGCCGCCUUCACGCAACCGUCAUUCGCUAAAAUGGUGCAGUAUUAGACAAUCACUGUAUGUUAUACACUCUUCAGUAAGGGUUUUUUGUCUUUUAAACUGUGAUAUUUUUACUUUUUUGAAUGUUUUAUGUUAUUCUCGAAUGUUUCUGUCUUGUGUACAUUACAUGCUAGUGUAGUUUUAAACGAUAUUUGCCAUUUUGAAUUUUUUAAGACAAUCAAAGGAACGUUAAAUGGAUUGUUUGGCCGGGAAUGACAUUUCUGUCAUCUCUUACUCACCCUCGUGAUGUUCCAACUUCUGCAAAACACAAAAAGGAGAUAUUUUGAAUGUUUCGGCUGCGGUGGAAUAAAGCAGAAGAAAUCAUUCACGCGUGUCUAGUAUAACGUAAGGGCAAAUAACUGAAGACAGGAUUUCCAUUUUCCAACGAACAAUCUCUUUAACAAAAUAGAGGCCCUCUAAAAUUAGUCUUUGGUUACAGAACAACUCUCGUCAUUCAUCAAAUGUAUUCUUCAGCAAAACAAACACGCUUUAUUUGCCAUAUGUCUAUACUACAUUAUCACAAAUCAUAUCAGAGACCGUUUCAAAGUCAUCUGCCACGUGUUUGCUUGCGCGCUGCCCUGUCAUCGUCAAGCCAGAUGUGCCUUUGUUACUUUGUUUUGAGCCAUUUUACUGACAGAUUUGUUUUGCCUAAGACAAAAGGAAAUCAUUGACUGUAUAGACCGCCCAAAGGGGAAAAUUGUGACUCUUUUUAUUUCAAAUGUUCAUUUUUUUGCAUCUAACUUCUUUACCGACUGGGAUUAUUUUAUAUGCAUAAGCAACUUGUUCUAUGUUUUAUGGUUCAUUGUGAUGUCUAAUAAACUAUAAGCCAGA